CCCAUCGGGGCUUCGGCGGGACGCUUCCGGAUGGGUGUGGGGCCGGUUGUCGUCCUACCCUGAGGCGGCGGCGGCGAAGAAGAAGAAGAAGGCGGCUGGCUCGUGAGGGGCGGGGGAGAGGAGAGGCGGAGAGGACAGGAAGGCGGAGGCUCCUACCAACAUGGCGGCGCGCAGAGCGGGUGGCGGCAACGGUACCUCUAGUAGCGGGAGCAACGCCUGAACCUGAGCAGAGAAGGACGCCAUGGAAAGCGAAGAGGAGCAGCAUAUGACCACGCUGCUGUGCAUGGGCUUCUCGGAUGCGGCCGCCAUCCGCAGGGCGCUCCGCCUGGCCAAGAAUGACAUUAACGAAGCCGUGGCGCUGCUCACCAACGAGCGGCCCGGCCUCCACAACGAGCCUAUGGACAGCGGCGGCGGCGGCGGCGGGGGACAGGGAGGCGGCGGCAGCACCACCGGCAGUAGUGGUGGUGGUGGUGGUGGACCGGGAGGGCCCCAGCCAAGCGGCGGCUCUCGGGGCGGAGGAGACGUGGACGGCACCGGCGGAGGCGGCACCGGCGGGGGGAGCAGUACCGGCACCGGCUUUGACCCGCCCCCUGCUUACCAUGAGGUGGUGGAGAACGAGAAGAAUGAUGAAAAUGGGAACUGCUCUGGAGAAGGCAUUGAGUUUCCUACAACAAAUCUUUAUGAACUGGAGAGCAGAGUUUUAACGGAUCAUUGGUCCAUCCCCUAUAAGAGAGAAGAGUCUCUUGGCAAGUGUUUAAUUGCAUCCACUUAUCUUGCAAGACUAGGACUUUCUGAUUCUGAUGAAAAUUGCAGAAGAUUUAUGGAUAGAUGUAUGCCAGAAGCUUUCAAAAAGCUGUUAACAUCAAGUGCUGUUCAUAAAUGGGGUACUGAAAUCCAUGAGGGAAUCUACAACAUGUUGAUGCUUCUAGUAGAUCUGGCUGCAGAGCGAAUAAAGCAAGAUCCUAUACCUGUUGGUCUUCUGGCUGUACUUACAAUGGCCUUUAAUCCUGACAAUGAGUACCAUUUUAAGAAUCGAAUGAAAGUGUGCCAAAGGAACUGGGCAGACGUAUUUGGGGAAGGGAAUAUGUAUGCUGUCUCACCCAUUUCCACCUUCCAGAAAGAACCACAUGGAUGGCUUGUGGACUUAGUGAACAGGUUUGCAGAAUUAGGUGGGUUUUCUGCAAUUCAGUCAAAACUUCAUACAGAAGAUAUCGAACUUGGGGCAGUCUCUGCACUGGUCCAGCCUUUAGGAGUUUGUGCAGAAUAUCUCAACUCUUCAGUAGUGCAGCCCAUGUUGGAUCCAGUUAUUCAUAAUAUGAUUAAAUAUGUACAGAAUGUUGAGGAGAAGGACCUGAAAGACAAGAGGCUCGUCAGCAUCCCUGAACUCUUGUCUGCCAUCAAGCUUCUUUGUAUGCGUUUUCAACCUGAUUUAGUAACAGUAGUGGAUGAUUUGCGAUUAGACAUCCUAUUGCGUAUGUUGAAAUCACCACAUUUCAGUGCAAAAAUGAACUCUCUCAAAGAAGUAACAAAACUAAUUGAAGAUAGCACUGUGUCCAAAUCAGUAAAGAAUGCAAUAGAUCCAGAUCGAUUAUUAAAUUGGCUGGUGGAAAACUCUGUCCUAUCAAUUGCAUUAGAAGGUAAUAUCGACCAAGCACAGUAUUGUGAUCGUAUAAAGGGAAUUAUUGAACUCCUGGGAAGCAAAUUAUCUUUAGAUGAGCUAACAAAAAUUUGGCGAAUACAGUCAGGACAGCCAUCAACUGUGAUAGAGAACAUCCAUAGUAUCAUUGCAGCAGCAGCUGUCAAGUUCAGCUCAGAGCAGCUGAGUCAUCUUUUUGUCCUUAUUCAGAAGAGCUGGGAGUCUGAAAGUGACAGAGUGAGACAGAAACUCUUAAGCCUGAUAGGGCGCAUUGGUCGGGAAGCACGUGUAGAGACAACAACUGGAAAGGUUCUUGAGGUUCUCUGGGACUUGGCUCAUCUUCCAACAUUACCCAGUAGUUUGAUUCAACAGGCAUUGGAGGAGCAUUUGACAAUCCUUAGUGAUGCAUAUGCAGUGAAGGAAGCAAUUAAAAGAAGCUAUAUCAUCAAAUGCAUAGAAGAUAUUAAGAGGUCGUCCCAGCAUCAUAAUCCUCAGUUUGUGUGGGUGGUACCAGCUUUACGUCAGCUCCAUGAAAUAACACGUUCAUUUAUUAAGCAAACCUACCAAAAGCAAGAUAAGAGCAUCAUUCAGGAUUUGAAGAAAAACUUUGAGAUUGUGAAACUGGUGACAGGAAGCUUAAUAGCCUGUCACAGAUUGGCGGCAUCAGUGGCAGGUCCUGGAGGCCUUUCUGGAGCAACAUUAGUGGAUGGCCGAUAUACCUAUCGGGAGUACUUAGAGGCACACCUGAAAUUUCUGGCAUUUUUCCUUCAAGAAGCCACCCUCUAUUUAGGAUGGAAUCGUGCUCGGGAAAUUUGGGAAUGCCUUGUGACAGGCCAAGAUGUUUGUGAGCUGGAUCGAGAGAUGUGCUUUGAAUGGUUUACUAAAGGACAGCAUGAUCUCGAGAGUGAUGUACAGCAGCAGCUUUUUAAAGAAAAAAUUCUUAAAUUGGAAUCCUAUGAAAUUACAAUGAAUGGUUUUGGUUUGUUUAAGACCUUUUUUGAAAAUGUGAACCUCUGCGAUCAUCGAUUGAAGCGACAAGGAACGCAGUUGCAUGUAGAAAAACUGGAGUUAAUAGGAAUGGAUUUUAUUUGGAAAAUUGCAAUGGAGUCACCUGAUGAAGAAAUAGCUAAUGAAGCUAUUCAACUAAUAAUAAACUACAGUUACAUUAAUCUAAAUCCUAGAUUGAAAAAGGAUUCUGUGUCACUCCAUAAGAAAUUCAUUGCAGAUUGUUAUACAAGACUAGAAGCAGCCAGUUCAGCGCUUGGUGGUCCAACUCUGACACAUGCAGUUACUAGAGCUACUAAAAUGCUAACAGCAACUGCAAUGCCUACUGUAGCAACAUCAGUACAAUCUCCCUACAGGUCAACAAAACUUGUAAUAAUUGAGAGACUUCUACUGUUGGCAGAACGCUACGUCAUCACUAUAGAGGAUCUUUACUCUGUUCCCCGUACUAUUCUACCUCAUGGUGCCUCUUUUCAUGGACAUCUGUUAACACUUAAUAUAACAUACGAGUCUACCAAAGAUACAUUCACAGUAGAGGCUCAUAGCAAUGAAACAAUAGGAAGUGUUAGAUGGAAGAUAGCAAAGCUGUUGAAUGCUCCUGUGGACAACAUACAAAUAUUUGCAAAUGAUAGUUUGCUAACGGUGAAUAAAGAUCAAAAGCUGCUUCACCAGCUCGGCUUCUCUGAUGAACAGGCACUUACUGUAAAAACAUCAGGAAGUGGAACUCCAUCAGCAAGCUCUGCAGAUUCCUCUGCUAGCUCUAGCAACAGUGGUAGUGUCUUCAGUUCAUCAUAUGCAAUGGAACAGGAAAAAUCCCUCCCUGGAGUGGUAAUGGCUCUCGUGUGUAAUGUGUUUGACAUGCUUUACCAGCUUGCUAACCUAGAGGAACCAAGGAUUACUUUGAGAGUACGGAGGCUUCUUCUGCUGAUUCCUACAGACCCAGCUAUUCAGGAAGCUCUUGAUCAGCUAGAUUCUCUGGGACGAAAGAAAACAUUGCUGUCUGAAUCAACUUCUCAGUCUUCUAAAUCCCCAUCUUUGUCUACAAAACAUCAACAUCAGCCUAGUGCUACUUCAAUACUUGAAAGCCUUUUCAGGUCUUUUGCUCCAGGAAUGUCUACAUUUAGAGUACUUUACAAUCUUGAGGUCUUGAGUUCCAAACUAAUGCCUACAGCAGAUGAUGAAAUGGCAAGAAAUUGUGCCAAAUCUUUUUGUGAAAAUUUCCUCAGGGCAGGCGGCUUGAGCUUGGUAGUAAAUGUCAUGCAAAGAGACUCCAUCCCUUCAGAAGUGGACUAUGAAACAAGACAAGGAGUGUACUCAAUUUGCCUGCAGCUAGCAAGAUUUUUGCUUGUUGGGCAAACAAUGCCUACCUUGCUUGAUGAGGAUCUUGCCAAGUAUGGAGUGGAAACACUGUCUUCACGCCCAUUUCGUAAUGUAAGCCGACAAACCAGCAGGCAAAUGUCAAUUUGUGGAACCCCAGAGAAGUCUUCCUAUCGGCAGCUGUCCGUUUCCGACAGGUCCUCUAUUCGGGUAGAAGAGAUCAUUCCAGCUGCACGGGUUGCAAUACAAACAAUGGAGGCAAAUGACUUCACAUCUACAGUAGCUUGUUUCAUGAGGCUCUCCUGGGCGGCGGCUGCAGGACGGCUUGACCUCGUGGGGAGCAGCCAGCCAAUAAAAGAAAGUAACUCACUGUUUCCUGUUGGAAUUCGUAACCGGCUUAGCAGCUCAGGAAGCAAUUGUAGUUCAGGAAGUGAAGGAGAACCAACAGCGCUCCAUGCCGGAAUCUGUGUGAGGCAGCAUUCUGUAUCCACCAAAGAUGCACUGAUUGCUGGAGAGGCCUUGUCUCUCCUAGUUACGUGCCUACAGCUUCGCAGCCAACAACUAGGCUCUUUCUACAACCUCCCUUGCGUUGCUGACUUUAUCAUAGACAUUCUGCUUGGCUCACCAAGUGCUGAGAUCCGUCGUGUUGCCUGUGACCAGCUGUAUACUCUAAGCCAGACAGACACAUCAUCUCAUCCUGAUGUACAGAAACCAAACCAAUUUCUCUUAAGUGUCAUUCUUACUGCUCAGCUGCCCCUUUGGUCACCUACCAGCAUCAUGAGAGGAAUCAACCAGAGACUCUUGUCCCAGUGUACAGAGUAUUUUGACCUUAGAUGCCAGUUACUGGACGAUCUCACAUCUUCUGAAAUGGAACACCUAAAGAUUAGCCCCGCUGCCAUGUUGGAGGAUGAGAUCACGUGGCUGGAUAACUUUGAACCCACCCGUGCAGCUGAGUGUGAAACCAGUGAAGCUGACAAUGUGUUAUUGGCAGGACAUUUGCGCCUCAUUAAGACUCUUCUCUCACUUUGUGGAACAGAAAAGGAAAUGCUAGGUUCAUCUUUGAUCAAGCCAUUAUUGGAUGACUUCCUCUUCCGAGCAUCUAGGAUCAUCCUGAACAGCCAUUCUCCAGUUGGCAGUGUUGCCAUUACUCAGCAAGACUUUCACCCAAAGUGCAGCACAGUGAAUAGCCGAUUAGCAGCAUAUGAAGUGCUGGUAAUGUUGGCUGAUAGUUCACCUUCAAAUCUUCAGCUUAUAACAAAAGAACUGCUUUCUAUGCAUCAUCAGCCUGAUCCUGCACUUUCUAAGGAAUUUGAUUAUCUGCCACCUGUAGAUGGUCGAUCCAUUUCAGGGUUUGUGGGACUGAAGAAUGGUGGAGCUACGUGUUACAUGAAUGCAGUCUUCCAGCAGCUCUAUAUGCAACCGGGACUUCCUGAGGCAUUGCUUUCAAUUGAUGAUGACAUGGACAAUCCAGAUGAUAGUGUGUUCUACCAAGUCCAAUCUCUCUUUGGUCAUCUAAUGGAGAGCAAGCUGCAGUAUUAUAUACCUGAAAAUUUCUGGAAGAUCUUCAAGAUGUGGAACAAGGAGCUUUAUGUGCGUGAACAACAAGAUGCCUAUGAGUUUUUCACCAGUCUGAUAGAUCAAAUGGAUGAGUACCUCAAGAAAAUAGGACGAGACCAAAUAUUUAAGAACACUUUUCAGGGCAUCUACUCUGAUCAGAAGAUCUGCAAGGACUGUCCACACAGGUAUGAACGAGAGGAAGCCUUUGUGGCUCUCAAUCUAGGAGUCACUUCAUGUCAAAGCCUAGAGAUUUCGUUGGAUCAGUUUGUAAGAGGAGAAAUUCUGGAAGGAAGCAAUGCCUAUUACUGUGAGAAGUGUAAAGAAAAGAGAACUACAGUAAAACGGACAUGCAUUAAAGCUUUGCCCAGCGUAUUGGUGAUCCACCUCAUGAGAUUUGGAUUUGAUUGGGAAAGUGGACGUUCCAUUAAAUAUGAUGAACAGAUAAAGUUCCCUUGGAUGCUGAACAUGGAACCCUACACAGUUUCUGGAAUGGCUCGCCAAGAUUCUUCUUCAGAAGUUGGUGACAACGGACGCACUGUAGAUCAGGGGGGUUCUGGUUCCCCACGGAAGAAAGUGGCUCCUACAGAAAACUAUGAACUGGUUGGCGUAAUUGUGCACAGUGGGCAGGCCCAUGCAGGACACUACUAUUCUUUCAUCAAAGACAGAAGGGGUUGUGGGAAAGGGAAAUGGUACAAAUUUAAUGACACGGUUGUUGAAGAAUUUGAGCUAAAUGAUGAAACUUUGGAGUAUGAAUGCUUUGGUGGAGAAUAUAGACCAAAGGUUUAUGAUCAAUCAAAUCCAUAUCCUGAUGUUCGCCGCCGAUAUUGGAAUGCCUACAUGCUCUUCUAUCAGAGAGUCUCGGAUCAAAACUCCCCAGUCUUGCCAAAGAAAAGCCGAGUCAGUGUUGUGCGUCAGGAAGCAGAAGAUCUCUCCUUGUCUGCUCCAUCUUCACCAGACAUUUCACCACAGUCAUCACCACGACCUCACAGACCCAAUAGUGAUCGUCUGUCCAUCUUGACCAAAUUGGUCAAAAAGGGAGAGAAAAAAGGCUUAUUUGUAGAGAAAAUGCCAGUCCGGAUAUAUCAGAUGGUGAGGGAUGAAAAUCUGAAGUUUAUGAAGAACAGAGAUGUCUACAGCAGUGAUUAUUUUAGUUUUGUUUUGUCGCUGGCAUCCUUAAAUGCUACAAAAUUGAAGCACCCCCAUUACCCAUCUAUGGCAAGAGUGAGCUUACAGCUGGCAAUCCAGUUCCUCUUCCAAACUUAUCUGCGAACCAAGAAAAAACUCAGGGUUGACACAGAAGAGUGGAUUGCAACCAUUGAUGCUUUGGUUUCAAAAAGUUUUGAUGCUUGUCAAUGGCUGGUUGAAUACCUAGUUGAGGCAGAAGGGCGAGAGCUCAUAAAGAUUUUCCUGCUGGAAUGCAGUGUGAGAGAAGUCCGAGUUGCCGUAGCUACCAUUCUUGAAAAAACCCUGGACAGUGCCUUGUUUUAUCAGGAAAAGUUGAAAGGUCUGCAUCAAUUAGUGGAGGUUGUUCUUGGACUCCUGGACAAAGAUGUGCCUGAGAACUGCAAAAACUGCGCCCAGUACUUCUUAUUGUUCAACAAUUUUGUACAAAAGCAGGGUAUAAGAGCUUGUGAUCUCCUCCUCAGGCAUUCUGCCUUGAGGUAUAUGAUUAACUUCCUUCUUGGUCCCAAUCGGCAGAAUAAUCAGAACCGCAGGUGGAGUUCAGCACAAGCACGGGAGUUUGGAUUCCUCCAUAAUAUAGUUGCACUGCUUGUCUUGCACUCUGAUGUCUCCUCACAGAGAAAUGUAGCUCCUGGUCUGUUUGUUCUGCGUUCACCCCUUAACAUUGCCAGCUCGGGGCCACUUCUGGCACUCCAUGAAGAAGUGGAAGCUUUGUUGUUCCUGUCUGAGGGGAAACCUUAUUUAAUGGAGGUGAUGCAUGCGUUGAGAGAGCUAACUGGAUCACUGUCGAUCCUUAUUGAGAUGGUGGUGUACUGCUGCUUUUGUAAUGAGCACUUUUCCUUUACCAUCCUACAUUUCAUCAAGAAUCAGCUGGAAACGGCUCCACCUCAUGAAUUGAAAAAUACCUUCCAGCUUCUUCAUGAGAUACUGAUUAUUGAAGAUCCUGUACAAAUGGAACGGCUUAAGUUUGCAUUUGAGACUGAAAAUGGAUUGCUAGCUCUGAUGCACCAUAGUAACCAUGUGGACAGCAGCCGCUGCUAUCAGUGUGUCAAAUUCUUAGUCACUCUUGCUCAGAAGUGCUCUGCUGCUAAGGAUUAUUUCAAAGAGAAUUCACAUCAUUGGAGUUGGGCCGUACAAUGGCUUCAAAUAAAGAUGUCUGAACAUUACUGGGCUCCUCAGAGUAAUGUAUCCAAUGAAACCUCAACCGCCAAAACCUUUCAGCGCACUAUUUCUGCACAGGACACCCUGGCAUAUGCUACAGCCUUGCUGAACGAGAAAGAUCAGUCUGGAAGUAGUAAUGGAUCUGAGAGCAGUCCAGCCACUGAGAAUGGUGGCAGACAUCUGCAACAGGGCUCAGUGUCUCCAAUGAUGAUUGGUGAACCUAAAAGUGACCUUGACGAUGUGGACCCAUAGUGAUUGGCUUGUCUGCUGAAGAACAAAGACUUCAACUAUAGUGUGGAAUACCUGGCACUUUUCAGAUAUGCUGGAAUCCCACUGCUUUUAACUUCAGAACAAUCUGAAGAGAAGGCUAUCUAAGAAUCAGUGGCCAUGCUACUUCCUAAGAGUUCAGUUAUUCUUCAUCUGAGAAGUUUACGCACCAGGCUGUAAGGGACUCCUGGGGCCCUCAGCGGUUUUGAGGGAUGCUAAGCCGAGGCAUGAGUUUAAAAAUAAUCUGUAAAGGAAAAAGCUAUCAAGUGGUUAAAAAUUUUAUUAUGUGAAUCUUUAAUGAGUGAAUGUAAAAUUAUUGCUUUUCUGUGAUGCUGCAAAAAAAAAGCUUGGUUUUUAUACAGAACAGAAAAAUCAGACUGUGUUUAGGUAUGGAGGGCAAAUUUUUAAUCUUUCUGAAAAUGUUGAAUAGGAAUAUUGAAAAUUAUGUAAACAUUGUGAUGACUUAACACUUGGCAUUGUAAAAUAUUAGUUAAGAAUCAGUUUACACAAGGACCUUUAUAUUUAAUAUGUCUCCUAGGUAAUUUGUAUAGUGCUUUACAGAAAGGGCUUGUUAGUUUGUUAACAGAGCCCUUUUGUGUAAGAAUGGUUAUUCCUUAUGGAAUAGUUUUGGUACAAGGAAGUCUGGAAUUAGUAACUCUUUUUCCUGAUGUCAUAAAUAAAUGGGUAAGAGCAAUAAAAGAGCUUUCUUUAUUCCAAGAAUACACUUAUAUAUUGUGGUAUCAGCGGAUCUUUUUAAAUAUAUUGAUGAGUAAGAUUAACCAAAAAAAAGCACUUUAAGACAGAAUUUUUAUUGCUGUUUGCCUCCUCAAGUCAUCAUUCUUAUACUUGGAGACAUAUUGAAUAAAUUGUAGUCUUAAUGAUGUGAUCUGCAAUCAUUUGCUUAUGCUUUGAAAUUGAGAGUUGGAAUUGGCUGUAUGUGAUUCCUUGAGUUAAAUGGAGACAGAUUUUUUUAAAAAAAUUAACACAGGCAAAGGAUUGUAGGUUUUGGUUAGCUUGGCAAGAUGGCAUUUAAAAUCCAGCAGGUUAAUUUGUUCCUCAAUAACUGGAAACCAAUUGAACCUAACAUUGUAUGAUUUUAUCUUCCUGUCUGAAAUGCAGUUUAAGUGAUCAUUUUAGCAGCUACAGAUACUCAUUCUGUGCCAAUUUUGAGUUUCAGCUUCACUUUAUCAUAUUUUUCUUCACCGUUUUUGACUUUUUUCAGGGAUUUUGCCUUAAGUUAAACAAAAUUGCACCAUUCACGUGAACUAUGGUAGAAACUAUAACGAGUGCCUGGAUGACCUUUAUUGUGGAAAGAUUUGCCAAGUGAAAGGCACAAAUAGCCAAAAAGUGCCUCUCUUUUUUCUUUUCUUUUGACUUUUAACAUAUUGUUGCAAAACCUGAUUUGGCAUAAAGCAUUUUUCACUGUUGUGCACUAGUUGUGAAUAUGACAGGUUAUUUCACUGUUAAAGGACACAGGUGCACACCAUCCAGUUAGGAUUAGCUGCCACAGGCUUAAAGAAAAGGGUUUCUCACACUGCAUAUGCAGAAGAACACAUUUCAGGUGAACGCCUUUUCCACAGACAGCAUUGUCAUUGAAACAUGGCCGAGCUCAGAUAUUUUAUUAAUAGCCUCCAGAAUUUUAAAUGUGAUGUUUUAGAAUGCUGAAUAAAUUUUGAUGUCCUACCCUA